CACGAGUUUGCGACCGUACGGUAUGUUCGUAAUGUGUGCUGUGCGGCAGUGCUCGUUAGAGAAUCACCGUCGUGGGGGGAGAACAGCCAGGAGACCCAAACUUCGCUCGUGCUACAACGCUCCCUAUGGGCAUGGGAAUGCUGCAACAACCUCCCAAUCCACAGCAGCAGCAGCAGCAACAACAACAGCAACAACCUCCUUCACCUUUGGAUAAUAUUUCGAAAAUAAAAACUCUAGUGGGCCCCCUCAGAGAAUCUCUGUCUAAUACUAUAAAAACAGCAGCGCAAACACUAAAUCACAAUAGUCAAGUGGAUGCUGGAUCAUUGAAAGGGUUUGAUGUAUCUAUACCACGUUUUGAUAAGAAUUUAGAGGAGUUUUAUUCCAUCUGUGACCAAAUAGAAUUACAUUUGAAAACUUCUAUAAAGUGUCUUGGUCAAGCUGAAAGCAGUAAUCGAUAUUUACACAUACCUGUUGCUCCUCACCGUAGUGAAAAUUUGGGUAUAAAUGAGAACAUGUUGACUUACCCUCAAUUUCUUGCUACUGCUAGUGCUCAAGUGGCAUAUGCAAAAGAAAUUCAUGACACAUUAGUAGCAGCAGCACAAAAUAUUUCCCCUUCUGAUUGACGUUUUCAACAAUUCUAAGGACUGUGAUUAAUUUAUAAAAUAAGUGUAUGUAGUGUAUUUUCACAUGACUGUUGAAAUUGAUAUUCAACAUGUAUUAGACUAGAUAUUUGAAGGUGAUAA